AUGCGAUGUAUCCUUUUUCAGUGGACGCGGUGGCCAAUGGGAGUCGGCCCUGCGGAGCCAACACCGAGCCGUGCGUCCCCAUUCAUUCAGAGCUGAACGGGCCCGCGGAGCCGAAGUGAGCGCAACGACGCUGCUGCUGCUGCUGCUGGUUUUUUUUCCCCCCUGUGUUGUUGCGCCAGCGCAGAUUCCCCGCGACAAACACGCGAGGUCCACCGCGGCUCCUCGAAGCCGGACGACGUCUUGGAAUCUACACGCGCGCGCCUGACUUCUCCGACAACGUUUUUUUUUUUCAAAUUUUAUUUGAAUUAAUAUUAGUAUUAUUUGUUGUCUGUUCCUGCGGGACUCCUCUAUAAGUAGGUCGCCUACAAAACGGCCUCUCCCCCCCCCCUCCCCGCAAGUGCGCAGCACUUCUCCGGGUUCCUUCCUCCCAGAGCUCCAUCGUGGAUUUACUUGGUUUUAUUCUGGGACGAAUUGCACGCGCAACCCGCGCUGAACUAAGACCACGAGAAGAGAACCACACUAGUAGUGAUAAGGGAAUACCGCGAAGGGAUACGCUCCUACUUGGAUUAACCGGCGGUGAACGUUAUGCACCAGACUUCGUAGUCUCCGUCUGGACGUUGUCCCUUUUCCGUGGUGGAUGGAGUUUUUGCAGCUGCUUGGUUGAUGGAUUCGACGUUAUGGAUGGUUGCACAUAGGUUUUCCGAUGCAUGCCAAGUCCACGGUGAAUGUCGGAAGUGGUGAUCCCCCCAGAUGGAGCUCCAAAGUCAACAUGGCCCCGGCGGUUCAUUAGUGGUGAUCCAGCAGCCUUCCCUAGAGAGCCGACAGAGGUCGGAUUACGAGCGGGAGCUCCAGCAUGCCGCCAUUCUCUCCCUGGACCAAAUCAAGGCCAUCCGCUCCAACAACGAGUACACCGAGGGGCCCUCGGUGGCGCGGAGGCCCCCUGCGCCCCGCGUGGCCCCCAGGCCCCAGGACAAGCAGGAGAGGACUCACGAGGUCAUCCUCGUCAAUGUGAACAACAACUAUGAGCGCCGGCCGUCAGGCGGCCACCACCACCACCACCACCACCACCAGGCCGGGGGCGGCGGCGGCGGCGUGGUGGUGGCGGCGGGCGGGGGACAGCAGUACGGCGGGUCCCGGGCCCCGGGGCUCAGCCGCUCCACUAGCACAGGAAGUGCCGCUAGUUCAGGGAGCAACAGCAGCGCCUCCUCCGAACAGGGGCUCCUGGCCCGCUCGCCCCCCGCCCGGCCCGGCGCCAGCUUGCAGCACCACCACAGAGCGGAGCGGCCCGUUCGGACGCAGCCCAAGCCCAAGGCGCUCUCGCAGGGCCAGCAGGGACCCCACUUCCACCAGCCUCCGCCGGAGGCUCCGCUCAAGCCCCCGGGCAAGGGCAAGUCAGACUUCUCCGCCUCGGGCAAAGGGGUGGGGGCCGCCGGCCACCAGUUCAUCUGCGAGCGCUGCGGCAAGUGCAAGUGCGGCGACUGCACGGCGCCCAGGAGCCUGCCGUCGUGCCUGGCGUGCAACGGCCAGUGCCUGUGCUCGGCCGAGAGCGCGCUGGAGCACGGCACCUGCAUGUGCCUGGUCAAGGGCAUCUUCUACCACUGCUCCAACGACGACGAGGGCGACUCGUGCGCCGACCAGCCCUGCUCGCUGUCACGCUCCCACUGCUGCUCCCGUUUCCUGUGCAUGGGAUUAAUGUCGGUACUCUUCCCCUGUCUGCUGUGCUACCUGCCCGUCAAAGGGUGCCUGAAGGCGAGCCAGGGCUGCUACGACCGGGUCAACAGGCCCGGCUGCCGCUGCAAGAACUCCAACACUGUCUAUUGCAAACUGGAGAGCUGGGCCCAACAGAGCCAGGAGAAACCCUCCUGACAAUGAUAAGUCACAAAUUAACGUUUAGCAAACACUCUGAGCGCCUCCCACCAGCCGCCCAUCCUCGAUGCGGGAACCUAAGGAGCUAAGCAGAGGAGUAACGAAAACCACUCGAUUAUUUUCAUUUUUUUUUCUGGAUCAGGACCAUGUUUUUUUACAGACCAGUGUUUGCCUUAACUGUUUCCAUGUCUGUCCCCGGCUCGUCAUUAAGUCUAUUUUUUUUUUUUUUUUAUGUAUAUGAAUAAGUUUCUCUUCCGUUUUUAGGUAGGCAGUUUCCUCUGGUCCUGUGUGCCCAGGGGCAGCUGCCUCGCACCAUCUGUGAAGGAUGAUCUACUAUAGGGCAAUUAUGUAGCUGUUACCUGUUAUUCAUAGCAAGCAGGUAUCUUUGAAUUUAUUGGUUUUCCUGCCACACUAAAACCGUGGUUCCUCUGCUCAUGUUGCAUUAACGAAAGCACAUCCAUCUCAUAGUAUUUCUUUUUUUUUUUUCUCCACUUGGAUAUGUUUCUCUCCUUCCACCCAUCUGGACUCAUCAUACACAUUUGGUGGCAUUGUCACAUGUUUGUUUGUUGUUGUUAUUUUCUUCUUUAUUUUUGUGUCAACUGUAUGCUCAAAAUCCAUAAGAGGAAUUCUGGCUAUUUUUUAAAAGAAAAAAAUGUCUGUUAAAACAUUUUUUUUUUUUUGAUGUAAAAAAUAUUUAUUAUGUGAAGCUCUAUUAUUUUAUGAUAUUUAUUGCAAGAGACAGUCUUAAAUUUACUCAUGUCUGAAUAUAACAAAAUAUCAAAUACUUAAUGAAAAAUUAAAGGGUGGCACAAAAGAAAACUAUGUUAACUUUAAUGCAGAAAAUAUAUUAAUUAAUGAAAAAAACA